AUGUAAAUUCUUGAUUAAGAUGAAGACCUUGAAAAUUAAAGAUAGCAGCUCCAUAUUGAAUUAAUGCAAAAAUUGCCUGAAAUCCCAGCUAAUGAAGUAAUUUCUAAUACUGAAAUGCGUGAUUAAGUGUGUCUGAUAUGUUUAGGAGAUAUCCUAAAUCGUAGUCCAUGUAAAAUGCAGAAAAUAGCUUCUAAAGAUUCAACAUAAAAACUAACUGAUACUAAGGCUAAGGUUAUUAAAUUAUCAUGCGGAAAUAAAGCCAACACUCUUUAUCACAAAUAAUGCCUUUCUUAAUGGCUGAAGCUUAAAACAGAGUGUCCACUCUGUAGAUGUGAUGAUAUUCUAAACACUCAUGUAAUGAUUAAAAACUAUAAAUCGAAGUAGGGCAGAAACAGCGAUGGUAUAUCAAAUGAAAUACCGAAUAAUAGAACUGCCAUCAGUUCUUCAUAAAACAAUUAGAACGUUAAUAACAACAAUAACUAAAACAACUCAUACAUUAGAAGACUUUUUGGAGUUCAAUCUUCCUAGCCAGAAAACUAAAUUUAAACAAACCGUAGGCUUCUUAACAGAAGGCAGUAUAAUAGUGUAUAUAAUAAUGACUUAUAUUAUCAUAUGAUUAGAUUCUGA